AUGAUCCGAGAUGUGAUGCUCCUCUACACGCUGGUCCUUGUGCGCAGCAGCAUGGCUAUGCCCAGGUCCACUUCGGCUCUUGAAAUGGACCUUGUGGGGGUUCUUUCGCAACACUUGCACUCAACCGUUGACAUCAAUGUGGAGAUCGGCGACGCUGUUUGGUCUGCUAAUCGGGCUGCAGAACUUGGGGCCAUGCACGCUUCAUCUCGUCUUGGUUCUUUGGAUAUGGAAGCUCCCUUUGCAGUCAACAAUCGUUCGGGCACAGGCACUUCACCUUUGGAGAGUUUUACUGUGGGCACCGUGUCUCGUCCUGCAUCACAAAACGCUCCGGGCGGCAUCCAUGUGGUCACGACGCGCUACCAUCCUGUGAGUCGAGCUGAUCUGACUGCGCCUUCGGUCAAUUCAGUGAAUCAGGAGUACCCGGCAUCUGAUGCUCUGCCUUCAGCCGCUGCCGGGCGCCUACUGGAAUCGCUUGACUGA